CUGACGGGCAGAAGGGCUGCGACCGUGACCACUGCCGGCGGAGAGAAAUCUCAAACCCGAGUGUGUUUGUUUGUUUGUUUGUGCUGUGUUUGUUUUGAACCCGUCCCGUUUAAUAAUCCAGGACUUCGUAAAGGUGUUUAAAAAAAGCCGGGGAGUUUUGCGCAAAAACGCUGAUCAUGUCCAGGCGCAAACUUGGAAGUCGACCGCAACACCUGAGCGUGAUUCAAGAUGCCCCAGAGCCCAGUGUGACUUCGAGCUCACCCUGCUCUCCUGAUCACGUAGCUGGAGGCAGCGAUCUUCUGACAUGCGGUCAGUGCGGUCAGGCCUUCCCCCUGGCUCACAUCCUCAACUUCAUCGAGCACAAGCAGGGAGGAUGCAGCAGCACUAGGGCUGGCCCACUGGACCACACGCCUCAGUCUCCAGCCAAUCACACGUUCCGACGUGGCCCGGGCGCGCAGCUGGAAUCGGGCUACGUGGAGCUGAAGAGGACAACAGGAAGGCGUUGGGAGGAAGAUCCAGGUGUGAAGGCGGAGCAUAAUCGAGCAGAUGAGCCAUCCAGUUUUACCUGCCUGGUGUGUGAGUGUGUGUUGUCUAGUGCAUGGGCUCUCCUCCAACAUGCCCAGCAUGCACACUCCCUGAGUCUCUACCAAGUCGAGGACAAUUAUCCCAGAAAGCCUAAGCCAGCGGCCAUGAUGGAUCCACGCCACCUGGGUGCCACACUGGCCUCCGCCUUCGUGACCACUUCCUCUGGCAUGAAACGUUUGCCCCGCUCCAAUCAGCCCCAAACCCAUGCCCCCUUGUCAGGAGGACGGGAUCUCCAAAACCUGAACUUCUCACUGUGUCUCCAGCGGUUGGCGGAGGUGAGUGUUGGGAACGGAGGAGUCGUGCCCUCACCAUCUCCAUCUCCCCCUGCUGCUUCUCCUUUUCCCCACUCUACUCCGCCAUUGGUAGGCGCCUUCUCCUGUGAGAUCUGUUGUCAGAAUUUCCAGUCCUUGCGCAGCCUGUCUGCUCAUCGGCGCACACACGCCACUGAAAAGCCUUACCACUGUGCCAUGUGCCAGCUAUCCUUUGCCCAAAGUGGAGAGCUAGCUCGACACAUGAGGAGCCACCGCAAAGUUCCAGAAAGCUCUUUAAAAUUGUCAGAAUGCUCAUUGAGGAUGCCAAAUUUUGUCAGUGCACAUACAAAUGAGGAUGGGAAAGUCCAAAGUAGAUUUUCCCAGCAGGGAUACGGAGACGGUGGGCAUCAUGAAAGUGAGCCUGCAGGUACAGGUUUGAUCCUGUUGGCAUCCCAGACAGGGGGACCCAACCGCAGUUCACAGAGGUACUACCAACAUCCAUCAGAGGUAGAAGAAGAGGCGCAGGUGGAACCGCAGCAUCCUUCACCCUAUGGCAGCCCUUCAGAGGGCUCGUUGGACAGCGGAGAGACUGGAGAGAGCGGGAUUGCCAGCGGCAACUGUACCCCGAAGAGGCCGGAGAGGGACAUCGAGAGAGAGGGCGAGGUGGAGGCAGAGGUAGAAAGUUUGGAUGUGGUGAAGGAUUGGCAGCAUGAAAAUGAGAGACGCCAGUCUGCUGGCCGCAAGAAGAAAGAAGAGGCGUGUGAAUAUUGCGGCAAGCGAUUCCGCAAUAGUAGCAACCUGACUGUGCAUCGGAGGAGCCACACAGGCGAACGGCCGUACCGUUGUGGUUUGUGCAAUUACGCCUGCGCACAGAGUAGCAAGCUUACCCGCCACAUGAAGACCCAUGGCGCCCGUGGCACCCGUGCACCCUUCCAGUGCCAGCUUUGCUCUGUGCCCUUCACGGUCUAUGCUACACUGGAGAAGCAUCUGAAGAAGACCCAUGGUAUUAGCCAUGCUACAGUCGGAGCCUACACCCAAAACGCACCCUCUCUUAGCCCUCCACUUGGAUACACCAAGCUCGGCAUUAAAAUGGAAGAGGAUCCCACCAUCGAGCAUUCCGCAGACGAUGUGGAGAUGUCCAAAGCGCUUAAAGAAGAGGAAUCUGAGAUGAUCGUCUCCAACGAUGGUACUCCCUCACCCACUCCCGAAGAUGCCAGCCGAGUGGAGUCGAGUCGUGCUCCAAGCACUGCCUAAACUGCGAUGAGUCCUUCAGGGAUUAUAUUAACCACAGCCAGCACAACAGACGCGUUAAUCAGAUUCUCGGCCCCUGGUCAACAUCAGCCUCAAUAAUUGAGGCACCAGAACCAUCUUUUGGUGAACAGGACCCAUGUUCUGGCAUAUGUAGUUGAUCAGAUUACAAUCAAGUGCCUACAUAUAGACAUUCCUGUUAGGAUUUAGGACUCGGCAUGAUAUUUGAAAUCUAGUUUUGCACUCACGAUCUUGCGGUGAGUGGUUUGACUUGUGAUUGUCCAGUCAGUCCAGGACAGUAAAGGACAGCAUAAUGACUUUCACCUUCAGAAAAGGACGGGUGAAUCAGCCUAGAGCAUCAACGACCAAGGAAGAUCAAGAAACAGGAUUCUUUUACUGGUUUAUGUUAUAUUAUUGGUUGGUUAUUUGUAAAGAUCUCUGUUUGUUUCAAAAAAUUACACGCUCAAUUUUAGUCGCUUGUAAAGUCAAAUUUACACGGAAAGGGAGAUUUUUAUAAUGCUCUCUUUCCCUAACAUUUUUGAAUAGAAUUAUGCUGGCAAUGGGGAUUUUUUUUUAUUAUUAUUAUUUGUUGUUUUGUUGUUGCUGUUGGUUUCAACUGAAAAUCCUUUUAAACUUGGAAACAGUCUUAAUCUGUGUCCUGAAUGCUGGACCUUAACAUUUUGGGAUACAGUAUGAUAUAAUCAGCACAGUUUGGGAAUGUGGCAAUGAGCAUCAACAAUCAAAACACAGAUUUCUGUGUUUCUAAUCUCGAACACGCAUGGCAAUGUCUUGGGGAUUUUUGGAAGUGUAUUUGAAGUCAGCGCUUAAACAUUGUGUGCAUCGCAACCGAUUCGUCUGGAAACCUCUAGCUGCUGUUCUAUGCAUAAGGCUUAAUUUUCGAAUGAAAAAGAAACGGGUGUGUGUGUAUGCUUUUCUGAUUUUUUUGUUUUUUGUUUUUUCUGUAUUGCUGUUUACAGAUUCGUUUUCUGUUUACAGGUUACGUUUGUAUAACUGCAUGCUGUGAAAUAUUGAGCCGUCUUUGUUUUUUUUUUUUGUUUUGUUUUUUUUCCUUUGGGUGCUGCAUGUUGUGCGAGUGUACAAAUGAAAAGCCUCGCGAUUCAGAGGAAUGAUUGGGUGGGGAACAGCACUGACCUGUUGCCUGGAGAACCUGCCGUGUGAGCACUUGUGUGUGCAUGUGUGUGUAUGUGUGUAAAUAUACCUAUGGGUUAAAACAUGUCUUAUUGUAUGUAUGCAGAAAAUGUUUAUUGGUUUAUUUUCUAUGAAUAUUGAUGUCUGUAAUCUAUCAGGGAAAUGUUUGACUGUUUUCUUUUAAUAAAAAAAAAAUACAGUUCUGACUAUUUGAAUAUAGACAAAUGUGAAAGGCUGUUGGGCACAACAGUGUCCACCACUUCAGGGAAUGAAACACUGUACAUACUGUAGAGAGCUUCACCCUCCCUAAUUGGUUUUGUUCUUUUGCUUCACCUGUAUCGAUUUCAGUUAUAUCUGUUAUGUAAGUAUAAUAUUUUCCUCUAGCAUUCCAUGGGAAGCACAUGCCUUUGCUGUAAAGCAGCCAUAAUUCUGUUAUUUUGUGCCUGUUCAGGUGAAUAUUAAAAGACUGCAAAGAUGCAAA